GAUCUGGGCUGCUCAUCAUCAGCUGCAGCACAACACUGGGACCUGUGUUGUUGCUUCCCAGCUAUGUGCCACAUGUUCCUGAAAUGUUUCACUCCCCCAGAGAGUGCUGUCGUCAGCGGUGAGCUCCCAGCAGCCGCCGCCUCCUGAAGCGGAUCUCCCCCGGAGGCUCCGCACUUCCACUCUCGCCGAGCAGAGAGGAGGACUCCAGUCCGAGGCAGAGGCUCUCCCCCUCCGAAGAUGUGAAGAUAAACACCGCGCUAGCAGCGACUUCCACGGCGGCUCCUUCACACGCUCCAGACCAGGCGGAAAGUCCUUCCUAUGAAGGCUGGGAUCAAGAGGACAUGUCUAACCAAGGAGUCCGGCGGAAUGGCCCUGUGAAGCUGCGAUUAACAGUCCUCUGUGCCAAAAACCUGGUGAAGAAGGACUUCUUCCGCCUCCCUGAUCCCUUUGCCAAGGUGGUCGUGGACGGUUCAGGACAAUGCCACUCUACAGACACUGUGAGGAACACGCUUGACCCAAAGUGGAACCAACACUAUGAUCUAUACAUCGGAAAGUCAGAUUCCAUCACUAUCAGUGUGUGGAAUCACAAGAAGAUUCAUAAGAAGCAAGGGGCUGGGUUCCUGGGCUGUGUCCGCCUUCUGUCCAACGCUAUCAACCGCCUUAAAGACACAGGCUACCAGAGACUAGACUUGAACAAGCUGAGUCCCAACGACAGUGACACGGUCAGGGGCCAGAUAGUUGUGAGCCUGCAGUCGAGGGACCGGAUAGGCACAGGAGGUCCUGUGGUGGACUGCAGCCGGCUGUUUGACAAUGAUCUUCCAGAUGGCUGGGAGGAGAGAAGGACCGCGUCUGGACGAAUCCAGUACUUGAACCACAUCACACGCACCACACAGUGGGAGAGGCCUACCAGGCCUGCAUCGGAGUACUCCAGCCCUGGCCGGCCGCUCAGCUGCAUUGUGGACGAGAACACACCCAUUAGCACGAACGGCGCCACGCCCACCACAGCAUUACCGCCAACUGACGGCGACCAGCGGGCCCAGGAGAGACGGGUCCGUUCGCAGAGGCAUCGCAACUAUAUGAGCAGAACCCACCUGCACACGCCCCCGGACCUUCCUGAGGGAUAUGAGCAAAGGACGACGCAGCAAGGCCAAGUAUACUUUCUCCACACUCAGACAGGUGUUAGCACGUGGCACGACCCCAGAGUACCCAGAGAUCUGAGUAAUGUGAACUGUGAGGAGCUAGGUCCUCUACCGCCAGGAUGGGAGAUCCGGAACACCGCCACCGGGAGGGUUUACUUUGUCGACCACAAUAACCGAACCACUCAGUUCACAGACCCACGCCUCUCUGCUAACCUGCAUCUAGUCCUAAAUCCAAGCCCUAAUGGUUCUCGAGGAGGCAUCGAAAGUCAGAACGUCAGCCGUCAGAACCAGUUGAAGGAUCAAGUCCAGCAGGCUCUGGUGUCCCCCGGUCAGCUCCCAGAGGAGGCAGAGUGCCUCACGGUACCCAAGUACAAGAGAGACCUUGUUCAGAAGCUCAAGAUCCUUCGCCAGGAACUGUCCCAGCAACAGCCCCAGGCGGGCCACUGCCGCAUUGAGGUGUCCCGGGAGGAGAUCUUCGAGGAAUCCUAUCGACAGGUGAUGAAGAUGAGGCCGAAGGACCUAUGGAAAAGGCUAAUGGUGAAAUUUAGAGGUGAAGAGGGCCUUGACUAUGGAGGAGUGGCCAGGGAGUGGCUGUAUCUGCUGUCGCAUGAGAUGCUGAACCCGUACUACGGCCUGUUCCAGUACUCCCGCGACGACAUCUACACUCUGCAGAUUAACCCCGACUCUGCUGUCAAUCCUGAGCACUUGUCAUACUUUCACUUUGUGGGCCGCAUUAUGGGGAUGGCAGUGUUCCACGGUCACUACAUAGACGGGGGCUUCACUUUACCUUUCUACAAACAGCUGCUGGGUAAACCCAUCACCCUGGAUGACAUGGAGUCUGUUGACCCCGACCUGCACAACAGCCUUGUCUGGAUCCUGGACAAUGACAUCACAGGUGUGCUGGACCACACCUUCUGUGUAGAACACAACGCGUAUGGAGAGAUCAUCCAGCAUGAACUCAAGCCCAACGGCAAAAGCAUCCCCGUCACCCAGGACACCAAGAAAGAAUACGUCCGACUCUACGUCAACUGGCGUUUUCUGCGAGGAAUAGAGGCCCAGUUCUUGGCUCUGCAGAAGGGCUUCAAUGAGGUCAUCCCCCAACACCUGCUCAAAGCUUUUGAUGAGAAGGAGCUAGAGCUGAUUGUAUGUGGCCUGGGGAAGAUUGACAUCAACGACUGGAAGUCCAACACGCGGCUCAAGCACUGUACUCCAGACAGCAACAUCGUUAAAUGGUUCUGGAAAGCUGUGGAGUCUUUUGAUGAGGAGCGGAGAGCGCGGCUGCUGCAGUUUGUCACCGGAUCCUCCAGGGUUCCCCUUCAAGGCUUCAAGGCCCUUCAAGGUGCUGCUGGCCCGCGACUCUUCACCAUCCACCAGAUCGAUGCCAGCACCAACAACCUGCCCAAAGCCCACACCUGUUUCAACCGGAUCGACAUUCCUCCCUACGAGCACUACGACAAACUGUACGACAAGUUGCUCACUGCCAUUGAGGAGACGUGCGGCUUCGCGGUGGAGUGAGUCACCGAUGCCGGCAGAGCUCACCAACAGCCACAAGCAACGUGGUUUGGCCACGAUGAGCCCCCGCCCGCAAAUCAAUCCAUUCAGACGGGGGGUCAUUGAUGAUUGCUUCACCCAGGGAACCUCUCACUUCCUGGGGGACAUGUGGCCAAGCUAAGGGAGGAAGAAGACCAGAAAAUGCCACCUGACUCUGGGUUGUUGUUUUGUUUUGUUUUUUUACACCCUGCAGCCCUCCUUAAUAUCUUUUUUUUUUUUUUUUUUUUUUUUUUUUUAUCGUUGAAAAGGAUCUCUUCAGCUGCUAAUAACUCAGACUAUUUACUAACUUGUGGAACCAGCAAUUUUUGCCGGCUCUUCCUUUUUUCUAAGUUCAUUUUAGCAUUUAAAAAAAAAAAUAGACCAUAUUCCAUGUAGCAAUUCUCCAUCUUACCAAGCAGAACACAAGGUCAGUCCACUCUGAAACAAUAGCCACAUUAGCAAGACUGGUUUGUUUGCUAGAGUACAGGGUUGUGAUUGGUUGACCACUUGGAAACACUAAAUUUGGACGCAGAGUGUGCUCGACUUGGGCUGUUUGGUGCCUCAGAGCGAUCACAUUUGGGCCGUCAGUGAUGCCAAGAAUGGAAAACUGGGAUGUGUGUGGACGAGAAGGCGAGACUAGAGACUGAAUUACGACCGACUGUUUACAACCUUCUCCAAAGAAAGCAGAAGGGCCCCCGCUGCCCAACGACUAGCGCUGCAUUCCCAGAAACCCUGUGUCGCACGUUUCACGACUAGCUGUGUGUGAAAUUGAGUAAAUGAAUGAAUAGCUUGAAAUGUGUUAUUUUUAUAUAACAGGGAAAAUUGAGAAAGAAACAAUAAAAUUCUAUAUAAUAUAUAUAAUUUAUUGCUGUUAUAUUUCAGAAACCCCUUUCCAUUGUUUCCGAAAAAUAAAAUCUUUUAAAUGUUGAGUGUUACUGUUUAAAUUAUACGAGACAAUUUGUGAAAAGCAGAGUUAAGCUUGACUGAAUUUCACUAAAGAAUGCUGUGGUUUGUUUGUCGACGUGACCUCUUGUAAGUGUACGAGGAGAGGUUGGUCUUAAAGGCAAAAAAUCUCAAACACACAAUGUCCUCUGAGUGCCAUAAUUCUUUUCGAAUGAAUGAAUCUUUGCAAAUAUCGAGCUGACCCUUUAAAUUCUACUGAUUAUCCUGGAGCUACGUGUGGUGGUGCGACGUUUCCCCCCGUGUGGUUUCCUCUGUUUUUUUAACAGUCAUUUGUAGCUGGGCUGUAUUAGUGUCACUACCAUUAAUUUCUAAUGGUAUUCUGUUAGGAAGAGUCCAAAGUUUGUCACUAUCUACUUUGUGCUGCCUCCAUGUCAUGAUCAAAAAAGAAAAACCUCUACUACCUACUAGCCAUGUGGUGCUAAGCAGCAUUAGCAUUCGUCUUAUAUUGGCGCUCACUGACGUACUACUGCUUAACGUGCACAACACACUGCUCAUGCUCACACCUUGCCACAAAACAUUUCCAAGAAAUCAAGAGCUCUACCUUUUGCCACAUUCUCAGGAGACACCAUGUGUAGUUUGCAACGUCAGUUUGAUUUGAAAACUUAAUUCUGACCGUUUGUCUUGAUUUGCUGAAUGUUAAGGGGGUUUUAAAAGUCUUGUUAUUUGCAUUAUUGUGCCCACAGCGAACCAUUAACAUACUGUUGCAUGUCUCCAUGUCUGCUUUUGGUUGAAUGAAAUGAACUCCUGUUUUUUUAGCCUGCUCUACAGUCCUAUCGGUGAUGUUUUUAUUUCGAGAAAGGGGGCGGGGAGGGGGUUGUUUUCUACAAUUAGAAAUGAAAAUUCUUGAAUGUUUUUAAAAGAUGCUGCCUGUCUAGCAAUCUCUACGACCGUGGACUGUUCUUAAGGUUUGCAUAUGCUAAAAAAAAAAAAAAAAAAAGAAAAGACGAGUUUCUUUCACGUAGACAAGUGUAUGCAAAGUGAAAAGUGUCCUCAGAUGGUGCUUUGUACAGUAAUAAGAUAUUGUUCAUAUAUGUGGAUCAAACAAACUGUAAUUUAUCUUUAACUUAAGUAGAAAAAAAAAAACAUUUUCUUGAA